GGUGUAGACGCAGACUUCCAGCAUUUACCGUGGAUCACUCUUCUUUUUGAUGCCAAAGGGAUACAGCAUGUCCAAAAUGCUUGACACCAGCAUCCCCACGAACUUUCUGAACCUAACCCUGAGCGAUGGUUUGCUCCUGUCCCAGUCCCAGCUCAAAGCCCCUGGGCAGAGUCGGCUGAGCCGAUCAGCGUCUUUCUUCUCUCCCCCCUCCCAUCCUGACGAUUCAAGCCUCAGCUUGAGCUCUGAACAUGUUAACAGUGAUGACAAUGGCAGCUCUAUCUGGUCAUCUAACAGCUCUAUCUGGAGCCAGGGCCCAGUUUCCAGUCAAAAACAACUCCCCUUUCGCUCAGACCGCUCCAUGAGCAUGACUGAGCCCAGCAGCAGCCUGCUCCCUCCAUUUGGACAGCUGAAGAACCUGGAGCUGUUUCCCCAGAGCUCCACUACCACUGUGGCUCCCCCUCCAGGGUUUCCGCCCUCAUCUAACCUUCCAGCCCAGAUCCCACCAAUGCUCUCCUCCAACCGUUACAAGACAGAGCUCUGUCGGGGCUUCCAAGAGACCGGCAGCUGCAAGUACGGCAACAAGUGUCAGUUUGCCCACGGUGAGGCAGAACUGCGUGGACUGUACCGCCACCCAAAGUACAAGACGGAGCCCUGCAGAACCUUCUACAAUUUUGGCUACUGUCCCUAUGGGUCACGCUGCCACUUCAUCCAUGAAGAGAAAAUAAGUGGAGAUCCCUUGCUGUCUGCAAAAUUCCAGCGACAACCAGCCCCCACAUCAACUGGUGCUCACAAUCCACGUCACCAGCUCCGACAGAGUCUCAGCUUUGCUGGGUUCAUGCACUCAUCACGCUCACCUCCCCCGUCAUUCUCUGCAGCCAUCAAUGAGCCUAACCUGGGAUUCAGUCGUGCUCCUUCUGUGUCCCCACCUCCCACUGAUCUCCUGUCCCCGAUGUUUGGUGACUCCGUGCAGCGGGAGGCCUCAGCAUUCCAGUUCGGAAACCUCCAGACCCACACCAGCAGCGGAGACAUUCCUUACAUCGUAGAGCCAAAACCUUCUCGCUGUGUGUGUGGCCAUGGAAAUAACUUCAACAACAUCAAAAGCAGCACGUUCACCGUGUCAGACGGGCACCCCGAGAGUACUUUGCAACUUCCCAGUCAUGGGGGCAAUGGAGGAUUUAUAAAGCACACCGGACUGCAGCGUUUCUCCUCCGAGGACUCCCUGGAGGACAGCUACAGCAGCUGCAGCUCCAGCGGAUCUGAGUCUCCAACGUUUGACGGAUCCACCACCAAGAGGCUCACUGUGUUCGAACGCUUGUCCCUUUCCGACUAAAUGGAUCCAAAGAGAGACACUUAAGUCACUUCCCUGUUUCUCGACUCUCUUCAAAAACCAGAACUGUCCAGAACAAGUUGAUGAAAUAACACUUGUAUAAAUUUAGCUGAUCUUUUACGAACUACACAUACUAAGAUGAUUUUAGUACUCACUUGUUAUCAGACUCUAUUUUUUUAUACUUAGAAAAACACAGUGUAGCCUUUUAGACGUUUCUAUGUGGUCUUCCGUAAGAAUUACCUCCUCUACAGGUCUUGACCUAACCAGCACAUAUUCUGACUCCUAUUUACCACAAAUCGGUAGUGAUCAAAAAGUCCUGUAAUUAGUGAAAAUCAUUAGCGCCUGUGCCUUAAAGAUUUUUUCUGCCUUAUAGGCUAUUCAUUAUCUGUGCCACAUACAGUAUAUGUUUGAUUCAGUAGCCUUAAUCAGCGAGACCUGACAUGUGUCUAUGAUAUGCACUUUACAGCUAAAUCAAAUGUGGGGGGGAAGCCCCAGUAGCAUUCAACCAAAGCUUAAUCCUUCAUUCUGCUCUGUGGAUGUAUGCGUGUAUGCCUGUUAAGUAUGUAUGUACGGGUGCUUGUGUAUUUUUCUGUAUUUUAUUUUUUAAGACUUGGGGUGCAAGCGAAUAUUGCAAAAUGUUAAAGGAUCAGAAAAAAAAAGUCACGUUAUCGUUUUUAGAUCUCAACGUCUGUAUCCCGACAACUUUUAUGGUAUUUGAUGUUCUAAAACGUUCUGUUCCUUUUUGCUGGUUUGUAAAUUGCACCCCAUUUUGUUUGACAGCCUGGUUCAGGGAACACCGCAGUAUUCCAUUUGGUUAUUGGUUGCCUUGUGUUGUUUAACUUAAACUAAUAUAUUUAUUAUAUUUAUUUGUGUUUAAAGAAGAAAAUUUGUAUUUUGUACUUUAUUUAUGAAUAAAACAUAUUUCAAGUUCUGUGAAAUAACAAUGUGAGAGAGGAAAAAAGAAAAGCAACAAAAAAGAAAAUAUAUUUUUAAUUGCCCGAUAAAGACAAAAUAAAAUACUAAAUAAAGACAUAAUUUUA